CGCGGCCUUUCGGGCGAAAGUUAGGAGGGGCCGGGCGGGCGGGCGGGUUCCGGGGGCUCCUUUCGGCACCAGCGGCGGUCGCUCCCCGUGGGCGGGACCUCGGGCGUGAUCGUCGAGGAGACCGCGGCCCCUUCACCUGCCGGCUUGCUCCUCCGGGUCCGCGGAGCGAGCCCAGCUCCCGGCGCGUGUCGGAGACUCCCAGCCCCGCGGCCCCGAGCGCACGAUGCGCGGACCCGGGCGCCCCCUCCUCCUGGGGCUGCUGCUGGUGCUGGGGGCGGCGGGGCGCGGCCGAGGGGGCGCGGAGCCCCGGGAGCCGGCGGACGGACAGGCGCUGCUGCGGCUGGUAGUGGAGCUUGUCCAGGAGCUGCGGAAGCACCACUCGGCGGAGCACAAGGGCCUGCAGCUCCUUGGGCGGGACUGCGCCCUGGGCCGCGCGGAGGCGGCGGGGCUGGGGCCUUCGCCGGAGCAGCGAGUGGAAAUUGUUCCUCGAGAUCUGAGGAUGAAGGACAAGUUUCUAAAACACCUUACAGGCCCUCUUUAUUUUAGUCCAAAGUGCAGCAAACACUUCCAUAGACUUUAUCACAACACCAGAGACUGCACCAUUCCUGCAUACUAUAAAAGAUGCGCCAGGCUUCUUACCCGGCUGGCUGUCAGUCCAGUGUGCAUGGAGGAUAAGCAGUGAGCAGACUGUACAGGAGCAGCACACCAGGAGCCAUGAGAAGUGCCUUGGAAACCAACAGGGAAACAGAACUAUCUUUAUACACAUCCCCUCAUGGACAAGAGAUUUAUUUUUGCAGACAGACUCUUCCAUAAGUCCUUUGAGUUUUGUAUGUUGUUGACAGUUUGCAGAUAUAUAUUCGAUAAAUCAGUGUACUUGACAGUGAUAUCUGUCACUCUUAUUUUAAAAAAAACACAAAAGGAAUGCUCCACAUUUGAUGUGUAGUGCUAUAAAACACAGAGAAUAUUUCGUUUUCUUGAUUAGCAAAAAAAUAUUUCUUUAGAAACGUAAGCAGAAUCUUAAAGUAUAUUUUCAUAUAACAUAAUUUGAUAUUCUGCAUUACUUUCACUGCUAAAUUCUCAGAGUAUUAUUUGGAACGGCAUGAAAAAUUAAAAUUUCGGUCAUGUUUUAGAGACAGUGGAGUGUAAAUCUGUGGCUAAUUCUGUUGGUCCUUUGUAUAAUAAAUGUAAAAUAGUAUUCCAGCUAUUGUGCAAUAUGUAAAUACUGUAAAUAAACACAAGUAAUAAAUGAA